UUUAGAUGUCAUUAUCUCCCGCAUUUCCCUUCUGCCAGAUGCUUCUUGUGAUGGCCGAUGUCAAUACACGACGCCUACAUCAUUGUUGACACUUAGUGCAACCCCUUCCGGGUGCACAUUGUGACGAGCGCCAAAGCACAUUGAGAGCAGACCGUAACAUUCCAGAUGUCUGAUUUUGAUUUUUCCACUUGCUAGGAGUAGAUUUUACUAUAAAUGGUCACGCACUUCAACAUGGCAUAUCGGAAAUAAUGUAAAUAAAGAAAUGAGUCCAAAAAGUAAAGAAUUUGGUGAUCCAUCAAGUGCUCCUAUUUCCUAUACCCUGUUACAUUAGGUCGGUUUGUGUGUGUAUGUCUCUCUCUCCUCUAUUACACACACUUGACUUGAUAACUCAGAAAAAGAAGAAAAAAAAAAAAGUAAAAAGCAGAGAAUUAGGAAGGAAGGAGCCGAACCCUAUCCAAUAUAAAACUCAGAGGAGGCUUGAUCAGUCAAUCAUCAAUCAAUCAAAUCAAGAAGAGAGAAGGAAGUCUCAAAUCAGGAAUUAGGAAUCUUAUCAUCAUAUCUCUCACAUUAUUUCACUCACUCAAAAUGUCAUCUUCAUCUGCUGCUUUUGCUCCGGACCACCACCUCCACCACCAUCACCUCUCUCCUCCUUCUGGGGAACAACUCUGUUAUGUUCAAUGCAACUUUUGUGACACUGUUCUCGCGGUGAGUGUUCCUUGCUCGAGUUUCUUCAAGAAUGUGACAGUCAGAUGUGGUCACUGCACCAACCUUCUGUCUGUUAACAUUAUUCUCCCCACUGCUGCUAAUCAGCUUCAUCUCCCCCAUUCUUUCUUUUCUCCUCAGAAUCUUCUGGAUGAGAUUCGGAAUAAUCCACCAACUUUGCUGAUGAAUCAACCAAUUAACCCGAAUGAAUCACUCAUGCCAGUUCGAGGAGUUGAUGAACUUCCAAAGCCACCAGUCGCCAACAGACCUCCGGAGAAGAGACAGAGAGUCCCAUCUGCUUACAAUCGAUUCAUCAAGGACGAGAUCCAACGUAUCAAGGCUGGAAAUCCCGAUAUAAGUCACAGGGAGGCCUUCAGUGCUGCUGCAAAGAAUUGGGCCCAUUUCCCACACAUUCAUUUCGGACUUAUGCCUGAUCAACCCGUGAAGAAACCCAACGCAUGUCAACAGGAAGGGGAGGAUGUUCUGAUGAAGGAAGGAUUUCUUGGUCCAGCAAACAUUGGUGUAUCUCCUUACUGAUGAUUAAGGAAGUGAAGCAAUGACCUCCUUCUGUUGCAAUGAAUUGUCUUGUCUUAUUUUAUGUCUAAUUAAUGUUAAUUAGUUUUAUCUAAAAGGAUUAGGGUUCCUGUUCUAUGUUGUCUUUGAAGAAGUUUCUCUAGGGUUUAAGUAAUUUCAACAUGCAUGCAUGUAUGUUUUAUUAUGUCUUUGAAGAAGACAUUCUAACUGUUUCAGGCUGCUUAGUUUCUAGUUCGUACGUGGUACUGAUGGAAAGGAUUCUGUUGAAAAAGUGUUUGCUUAUUAAUGCUAAUAACUAAGCUUUCUGAAACUCCCAA